AUGAAAAGCACUGGCAGAGGCUGCGAAAAGUCUGACUUUUAUUUGGCCACGAGUCUCAGUAGACCUCAGCUGGACUGGCGCUUGCGGACACACUUCCCCGACAAUCUGGAUCUCCUCUCUGAGCUAAACACGAAACGGUAUCGCUUGCAGAGGCGACUGAUUGGCCGCACAUAUCACGCGUCAAACGUUGCGAAAUACGAGCAUGCCAUCGACGAUGUGGUGAACCGCGCUGUUACGAAGCUUGUUUCCCUGCAGGGCCAAGAGCUUGACCUGAAGGAAUGGAUGCACAUCAUUGCCGUCGAAUGCCUCGGCGCCGCUGUCCUGUCCUGGUCGCCGGGACUGCUCAAAGAUGGCACCGACUGGGGCACGAUUGAGCACAGCUACAGAGGCUGGCGGAGGAAGAGCGUCUUUGGCCUGUUUCCCAUCAUGAUCAAGAUGGAACUCCUGUCGUCGGAUGUCGGCAGGGCUUUCGCCGCGCUCUGUGGCGUCACGUACAAGACGCCCGACAACUUUCGGCCAUUCUUUCCUGAUGUAACGAGACGGGUAUCGCGGCGAGUCAAGGCUGCACUGAGGGCGAAUCCGCCCAAAGACAGCCGCCAGGACCUCCUCGCGGACCUCAUCCAGCUUCACAAGGACAAACCCGAGUUUAACGAGCUUUACCUGAGGAAAAUGGCCGUGACCAACUUUGGGGCCGGCCACGAGACCAUGGCGUCCACACUCACGUCCACACUCGCCAUGGUUGGAACCCAUCCCCAGGUUCAGCGACGCGUAGCCGACGAAAUCCGUUCAACGUCAAAACCUACGCCCUACGCCGACGCUGCCAAGAUGGCGUAUACGCGCGCCACCAUCAAAGAGGCCAUGCGUCUGUACCCCGUAGUCUCCAUGGCCCUCCCCCGCAAAGCGCCUGCGGGUGGCCUGCAGGUGGACCAGCGCUGGUUCCCUCCCAACACGACGGUCGGGUGCAACCCCGUCGCGCUGCAUCGCAACAGCUCCAUAUUCGGCAGCGACGCCGCGUGCUUCGACCCGGGGCGCUGGCUCGGCGCCGAGGCGGGAGCCGAGGCGCGUCUCCGGGCCAUGGACCGGUAUAACCUUGGCUGGGGCGGGGGUUCACGAUCCUGCCCAGGCCGCAACCUCGCUGAGCUCGUCGUGUUCAAGGUCGUCACAGGGCUGCUGAGGCACUUUGACGUCGAGGUCACGGAGAUGCCACCGGAGGAGGAGCAGAGGGCUUACUUUCUCUCCAUGUUGACGGGCGUCAGGGUGCGCUUCUUGCCGGCCGGAGAGGACAGUGCCAAAACGGAUCUAGCAUCCGACUGA